AAUUUUUAUUUUGAAAAUCAGUAGAACGGGAGAGUGCAGGAUGUUUUGGUGAAGUUCUUUAUUGUCGAAUUGCUCGGCUACUACGUUGAAGUUACACGUCGAAGUAAAUUAUUAACAAGUAGGCCUUCCACAGCUAACAGUCAGAACGACAUCAUUAUAGCCGGGGGAGCGAAUUGUUUUUGGUUAACACUUCUUCAGGCACCACUACACCACUACAGAUUAAUAAUCUCCCAAAUCUUGUGGAAGGAGGGACGACCCAAGGAAAAAUACAGUCAGCAUUUCGGAAUAGCCUACUGACGGCAGCAGCAGCAUCUGGAACCAUCCAAUCACUUCAACUCUCCAUACACUAUUGAAAGCUCUUGUGUAAUUGCGACGGGUAACCUACCGGAAUACAGGUUUGAUGUGGACGUACAACGAUGAUCUGGAUAAUACAGACAGGGAGUUCUGUUCUGAGAAUAACAUUGCCACAACCAAAUAUCCGUGCUUAAAACCAACUGGAGAGGAAACAACAUGUUACAGGAGGAAAUGUUGUGAGGGUUUCAAAUUUGUGCUGGGCCAGUGCAUUCCUGAAGAUUAUGAUGUGUGCGCUGGCGCCCCCUGUGAACAGCAGUGCACAGACCACUUUGGACGUGUGGUGUGCACCUGUUACUCUGGCUACCGGUAUGACCGAGAACGACACCGGAACAGAGAGAAGCCAUACUGUCUUGACAUUGAUGAGUGUGCCAGCAACGACAACAUGACAGUGUGCUCUCAGAUCUGCGUUAACACACCAGGGAGCUACAAGUGUGAGUGUGAGAGAGGCUAUUUCCUGGAAGAUGAUGGGAAAACCUGCACAAAGGGGGAGAGAGCCGCUCGACUGUCAGAGACAUCCGACAAUGUGAUGAAGGCGGGGACAUGCUCUGCCACAUGUGAAGAAUUCCACCAGAUGAAGAUGACCGUGCUUCAGCUCAAACAAAAAAUUGCCUUAUUGCCAAACAAUGCUGACUUCACCAAGCAGAUGACCAGUGAGAAGAUGCUGACGUCACACUCUUUCCUACCUGGGCCUCCUGGUCCACCUGGUCCUCCAGGUGAUCCAGGGCCAAUGGGCCAACCGGGCCAAACAGGGCCGCUGGGGUCGCCUGGUCCUUCUGGACCCAGGGGACUGAUGGGCCCCAUUGGUCCCACACCCGACCUUUCCCAUAUCAAGCAGGGCCCGCGAGGACCUAUGGGCCAUGUGGGAGCCCCGGGAAAAGAUGGCAGAAAGGGAGAGAGAGGGGCUCCUGGACUAUCCGGACCUCCAGGCCCACCAGGCUCCUUUGAUUUCCUGCUGGUGUUUAUGGCUGACAUCCGACACGAAAUUGCUGAGCUGAGGAGCAAGGUGUUGGGGACAAACAUGCAUUCCCUUGGGGAAGAUUACCCACCUAUGGGGGUCCCAGAUACGUGGAGGGACAACCAAUCUCCAGGGAGUGAGGUCCCUAUGCUGGACUCAGAGAACUGGAGAGACAACCAAUCACCCGAGAGCUGGAGAGACAACGAAUCACCUGAGAGCUGGAGGGAGAACCAGGACAUGCUGAUGGAUAUUGGCUCUGGAGAAGCCUACAGGUCAAAAGAAUACAAACCACAGAAUGUUGCCAAAGGCAACUCUGGAGAGGACUACAAACCACGCAGUAAGGAAGGGAACAGGAACAGAAAGAGGAAACCCAUGACAACAGAAUCAGACUUGGAUUGGACAAAAUGAAUUUAUGGCAGAUUUUCAGUAUAUAAUGUAUUUCUUUUCAAAAAAUCUCUAUUUUUAUAUUAUAGACAAGAUUGUAAAUAUAUAUAUUUUUUGUAUUUUAGUUGUAAUAGACUUGAAUGUAUUUUUAAACUGUAGCUUGAGAGCAUUCACAUUUGUCAUCCAUUUGCCAGCCAGUUAUAUUCACGUGUAAACACAGGAUUUAACACUUCAGUGCCUAAGAAAUUGAAUCUGUAACAUCAUGUCUUUACCACCAAUAUUUCAAAGCUUUGUUUUUUUGGCCUGCAACACUAGCCGGUAAUUGUGUGUGGUUGAUAUGACUGCUAAGUAAGGCAAUGCCAAGGCGGCAGGAGAAUGGCUCUUGAAAAAAGAAGAAAGUUCACUGAGGGGGCAUCCAAGAGUACUGCUCAAUUUUAAGAGAGCUUUAGCUUUUUUUUAAGUGACUAAAUACUAAGUCUCCAGUGUUUUUAAGUGGAACCAUGAUAUUAUAAUUGUGAAAAUCCUAAUUUGAGGUCAAAAAAGGCAAUUUUUCAAACCAAACAAUCUGGAGAGAAUGGACAAUAAAGUGUUAAUACAGUGCUGAAA